AUGGCCCAAGGGAAUUUAAAGCUCAGUAAAAAGAAAUCCAGUGGUAGAGUCACCAAACACCAAAAGAACCCAAAGAAAGCUGCUCCUAAAAUCUUCAAGUCGAAAAAGGGUGGGAUCAGUGAAAAAUUGUUGAAACAACAAAGUAGCACAAUUCUGUCAAGUACCGAAAGAUUGAUUGCCUCAAGAGUCGGUCACUUAGAACUAAUUAAAGGUUCCAGAAGAGAAAUCGAAAAGAAACAAAAGGAAAAAGAAGACAAGAAGAAGAAAUAG